AUGGCUAGUAAAGCCGCGACCGAUUUCCUAACCAAGGAAGUAAAGAUAUCCAAUAAUAUUGUUACAUUCAGACUCCUAAGUCGGCAGCUUUCCAUUCAUGUAGCCGAAGCCAAAAGGGAACUGGAACUCUUCUACAAAGUAGCAAAACAAAACAAGGAGCCCGUUUUUGCAACUUAUAUCCUCACGGGUACCGCAGCUUUCGAAACUAACGAAGGACCUGCAGAACAAGUACCUCGUCACCUAAUCCUGCUCGCAAACGAAGAAGAGAUCGAUGCCACAAAAAUCAAAUUUGCCCAGCCGCCGUCGCAGCACAUAUACAGCGUUUCGCCAGUGCCAUUAAAGGACCAUAGCCUCCUGACCUCAGCAACAGAUAGAGUCCGGCAACUUGACAAACAAAAAGGCCGCGCCCAUGCGUCUCAGAUGGGUAUGCUGCUAAGUGAAGAAGCGCCAUGGCCCCAACUGGGUAGCAGUAAGCCCAAGCGAGUUGGUAUCGAGGCCAAGAAGGAUACGCCUAUCUCCAAUACGAUAAAGGGUGAAGCGGUUACUAAACUCAAGGCUUCGAGCAGCGACGUGCCGCCUCCAACCAAAAACGGUGCCCGGCAAAAUCUGCUUAGUUUUGGCACCAAGAAGCCGACCACGGGAAAUAAACCCAAGGAGACAUCAGAGGCAACAGAGAAAAAGACUCUGGCAACCAAAUCAACAAUUGGAAAGGACAGGGCGGAGGAAGACCCAGUUGAUCGCAAGAUCUCCCCUCAAGCAGUGCGCCCGAAGGAGGUGCCCAAACCUCCUAGUGCAGCUAGCAGCAGAGGUACGGAUUUGGAUUCAGAUGAAGACGAUAGUGAGCCAGCUCAGGGUCACUCGCGACCAGCGAUCAAGCGAAAGAAGAGUCGUACCACAGAUGAAGAUGAUGAUGAUAUGGAACUUUCCAAAAAACCGGAUACAGCUGGUCUACAGACUAUGAUGGAUAUUGAUGAUGAUAACGUCGUCAACGGGCGUUCAACUCGCGAGGCAACGCCAGAGCAUGUUCCAUCGGCGCGCGAAGCAGCCGCUUCAGCUAAAGCAGCCAAGGCUGAAGCAUCAAAAGGAGUCGACCGAAAGGACCGAAUCUCUCGCAAACGUAUUCCCAAAGGUAAGAAACGUGUAAUGAGAACGAGGCGCGUCAAAAAUGCGAAAGGAUACAUGGUAACCGAGGAUUAUUCAUCUUAUGAGGAUGCCGAUCCGAACGACAGCGAAAAGGAUAAUGAUACCGAUGCUCAGUCGGAGACAGAUUAUGGAGAUGAUAUUGACGUGGAUCCAGUGGCCAAACCUCUCAACAACCAACCCAAACGCCAUUCUGAAUCGCUACCGAAUACAAAACUCAAGAAAGGAAAGUCCAACGAUGCUUCCAAGCCCGGACAGCAGAAACUUGCCAAUUUCUUUGGGAAAAAGCAGUGA